CCAACCUAACCUUCCUCACCUUCUGGCUUUAGCUGAUUCUCUAGAAGUCCAGAGAGCGUGAGAAAAGCUAGCUCUCGGCUUCCUUCCAUUAUAUAAUUCCUCUGUUUUGUAAGAAGUCACAGAGAGACAGAGAUGGCCCCAAUACCAUUCCUACCGACUGCGGUUACAGAGAAGACACUGAGAGCAAGCUUUGUACGGGAUGAGGACGAGAGGCCAAAGGUAGCCUACAACGAAUUCAGUAACCAGAUUCCGGUGAUCUCGCUUCAGGGGAUCGAAGAGAAUGGAGAUGGAGGUCGAAGGUCAGAGAUUUGCCGGAGUAUUGUGGCAGCGUGCGAGGACUGGGGAAUCUUUCAGGUCAUCGACCAUGGUGUCGACACAGGCCUCAUCGCAGACAUGACCCGCCUUGCUCAGGAGUUCUUCGAUCUGCUGCCGGAGGAGAAGCUUCGUUUUGACAUGUCCGGCGGGAAGAAAGGCGGCUUCAUCGUUUCCAGCCAUCUUCAGGCACGUUACUACUACGUGGGUAGUACUAAUGUAAUAUUUUUUCUGCUAUUAAAGGGAAGGGUUAUGAAAGCUCUGCCGCUACUUUCAUGUGAUUUAUGUCACUUUUUGUAUUUAUCAAUAAUAUUUAUGGUGUUUGGGAAUUCUCUAAAUCUACACUUUUUUUUUAUUACUUUUAUUAAUGAUGUAUUUAACUAUUUAAGCAUAUGUUUAAUUUGGCA